AUGCGAGCGGUCCUGCCGGGGCGGCCCCCAGCCAAGCUCCGGUCGUUCAGCACGGCGCUGUGGGAUGGCCUGCGCGUUGUUGCGUACAUCUCCGGCCACGCGCUGGUCAUUCUCGGCGGCCCGCAGACGCUCCUUCAAACGAUCUACGUCGAUGAUACGGACUCUCUCGAAGCGGUAGCUUUUGAUGAGGCUACGGGUAAGAUUGCUGUGUGUGGGGGACCGGAUGUCUUUGUUUAUCAGCCGUAUGGCCUCAGAGGCGAGACCUUGAAGUGGUCUCUUGUUCAUACCUUCCACGCCAACGAUGACGACGAACCGAUCUCCACUCUAUCGUGGGGUUCCCCGAACGAGCUCCUCGUAGGCAAUUCGUGCCUCACGCUUUGGAUCUUGGAUGAAAAGGAGGAUCCGCGCCUACUUUGGAAACGGAAGCUUGCGACUCCGGUCAAAUUCGCGCAGUUCUCUCCCGAUGCGUCGCUGGUGGUGACCGUCGGGCCGUACGAUCGUUUCGCGAAGGUAUGGAGACGGCUCAGCUUUAGUGCAGAUGAAAUCCGAUUCGAGAUCUCGUACCUACCCCAUCCAAAUCUCGUGACGGGGUUGCACUGGCGCUUGCCCUACCACCGGGAACAAUCUGUCGAUAAUGUCUUAUACACCAUGUGCGCCGAUAACAAGAUUCGAGUGUGGGCAGUUACGGAUCAUCAUGCGCUUUCGCCCCUGCAAUUCUGGGCGGAUAUUGAUAUGAAUGCUUCGGUUCAGCCUAGAAAUGCUUCCGAGGAGGAUCAAGGCUCCCAACGACGGUAUGGGUUCAUCUUGGACAGUCGCGAUUUCUGCUCUGCUACGGAGCGCGCGGUGGAAAGAAACACCGGGAACAAAGGAAAUCAUGCCUUGGAGCAUCUUAUUGAAGUCGCGAACAAGAGCCCGGAGAUUUGUGUGGUGAUUGACGGCCAGGGUCAUAUGGCUGCUUGGGCUUUGGAGGAUGUCGGCUCCAGAGUCAAGACCAAUAUGAGUGUCUUCAACAUCCUGCAUGUGGAGGGUUUGGAGUUUGGAUUCUUGCCUGGCCUCAAUAAGGGGGAGGAUUACGCUCAAAUCCAUACGUUCCAGAGCACUACUUCGGAUGACACGCUCAGCAUACUCGUCCAUCAUUUUGACGGCCGUAUUGAAUGGUACGACUCACAUGUGGACGUUCUAUUUGACCCAGCACCACGAAAAAACCGAAUCAUCCCGAAAUCAUCUUGGACUGGACAUACCGCCCCCGUCAAGAAGAUCGUUCGAAACGCCACAGGUGACACGCUCGUUUCGCGAACCAGUGAGAAUAAAGCCAUGGUUUGGAAGCAAAAGCGUCGGGGCAGCGGAUCAUCCCUGAGCCACAAGAGUGUGCUGCUCUCGGACGAGCACAUUCAUCGGACCUGCGUGAUUGAGAAUUCCAAUCUUUUGGUCAAUCUCCACCACAAUGGGAUUUCGCUAUGGGACACCAACUCCUAUCACGCAAAAAAACUCGCCUCCCUUCCGUUUACACUAUCAAGCAAGCCACUAUGUGUGCUUCCGAUUCCAACAGAAGCAGGUACUGGUGUGUCAUAUAUUGCAACUAUUGAUGCGAACAUGGAUGGUAUCGCGUGGGAAAUUCGAUGGCCUGCCCAAAAUGGCGGCCUCAAGAGCGAAGGGGAUCAGUGCCAAUUGCGGAAGUUUUGCGACUUCAAUAUGGGCUUGAAGGAAGAUCUGGCAUACAUCCUUCCUGUGGAUCCCGCGGGCCCGAAGACCAAGACAUCUGGAUUCUUCGACACGUUUUCUGCAGAUAUUGCUCUCUCCUACACGCACAGCGGAGUCGUUCGUACCUGGACCGCCAAAGUCGAUCAGGAAAAUGCCCAGGUUGAGUGGCUACUCAAAUCGACGGUCGGGACAGGCAUUGAGAACCCAUCUUUGGCCAGUGCGAGUUCUAUCCGGAAAGCUGCAUUGGUGGACUCGGACCGGACUCAUCUCACAAUCUGGGACACGAACAACGCCCAGCUGGAAUUUGAAGAGCAUUUUGCCCAGAAUGAUAUCAUUCGAGAUCUUGACUGGACAUCCACCCCUGAUAAACAGUCCAUCCUUGCCGUGGGUUUCCCCCAUAAGGUUGUUCUCCUAUCCCAGCUUCGGUAUGACUAUCUCGACUCUCGACCGUCGUGGACACAAGUUCGAGAGAUCUGGAUCAGAGACCUCACACCGCACCCCAUCGGGGAUUCUUGCUGGCUGACAAAUGGUCAUCUGGUCAUUGGCGCCGGCAACCAGCUAUUUGUAUAUGGUAAGGACAUUGAUGUCGGGGACCGGCUUGUCUCCGAACUUCGCAUGCCGUCUCGUGGCUUGCCAUCAGUUGACCUGUUCGACCUUGUCAGUCGUAUCAACGGACCUUUACCCGUCUUUCAUCCACAAUUCCUGGCACAAUGCAUUCUGUCUGGGAAGACAAAUCUGGUGCAUGCUAUCUUGAGAAAUUUGCAUCGGAAGCUGAAGUUUUACACGGAAGGUGAUGAUUUGGAUGGCAUCCUAGAGAUGCCGCUCGAAGAUUUCUACGAGGAGCAAGACGCCCCUCAGCAAGCAGCAUUGAAGGAGAUGCGCUCUUCCUAUGUUGAUGCUGUCGAGGACGAGAUGUCCACUGUUAUGGAUGAAGCUUCCGCGACAGCACUCAAUGAGAAUCUAGCACAUGUAGCAUUGCCACAACUAUCAAGUCAUGAACAAUUCCGCCUGGCGGAUAUCAUCGAGUGCGUUGCAACAGUUGAGAAGCACCGAAGAUCGAUGGAUGACAAUGCAGCUCGCUAUCUCCUUUUCUUUCGACAGCAUAUGCUUCGACGAAGUCAAGGGGUAGCAAAUAAAGACACCGUCUCCUGGCGAGAAAUUGUUUGGGCUUUCCACAGUGGCAGCCAAGAUAUUUUGACCGAUCUUGUUUCGCGGCAGUUCAAUGGCAAGAUGACGUGGAAGGCUGCUCGCGAGAGCGGCAUCUUUAUGUGGCUCUCAGACCCGACGGCUUUGAAAGCGCAGCUUGAAGUCGUGGCACGAAACGAGUAUACGAAGACCGAGGAACGCAACCCUCUCGACUGCUCUCUGUACUAUCUCGCGCUCGGAAAGAAGAAUAUCUUGCAAGGCUUGUGGCGUAUCGCACAUUGGCACCGCGAACAAGCAGCCACUCAGCGCCUGCUAGCCAAUGACUUUAAAGAAGCUCGGUGGAAGACAUCUGCCCUCAAAAAUGCCUAUGCAUUGCUAGGCAAACGGCGAUUCGAAUACGCCGCGGCCUUUUUUCUUCUUGCUGACCACCCUCGCGAUGCGACCAAUGUCCUCAUGAACCAGGUUGGGGAUCUGCAGCUCGCGAUUGCUAUUGCACGAGCUUUUGAGGGAGACAGCGGGCGUGUCCUCAAGGAAAUAUUGGAAGAGAGGGUCCUCCCCGAAGCAGCUACAGGAGGAAAUCGGUGGAUGGCCUCGUGGGCCUUCUGGAUGCUCGGACGACGGGACAUGGCUGUCCGGUCUCUGAUAUCUCCCGUUGAAACUCUUCUCUCGCCAGCAACCCCAACCUCUCCCGGUAGCCCGGGUCGAGUUCCUCUCCAAUCCAAAUCCUAUCUCUCCAACGACCCAGCUUUGGUCGUUCUCUACCAACAGCUCCGCGAGAAGACCUUGCAAACCAUCAAGGGUGCAUCUCAAGUUCACCCGCGAGAAGAAUGGGACUUUGUCUUACGCAACGCUAGACUCUACGACCGGAUGGGCUGUGACCUUCUCGCCCUCGACUUGGUCCGCCACUGGGAAUUCCUGCACCCGCUGCCACCACGAACUCCAGCGCAUGUACAGGAGAACGGGGUGGAUUACCGGAAACUGCUGCGUCGGCGGAGCAGUCUGGUCGUCGCCGAUAUGCCAGUGCGACGACCCGCAGUUACUACUACCCCGCAGGUGCCGAAAGCUGAGACCGAGGAGGAUGAUCAGGCCAAGCAGCAACCGCAGAAACCCAAGCCGCCACCGACCAUGUUCCAUGAGCCGGAUGCCAAUUCCCUGCUUGAUAGUUUCGGAUUCUAG